AGCACUAAUUCUGGUACUCUCUUAUAGGACGAAUAUUGAUAACAACGCCAAAAAUUGCAAAAAGGAUCCUGAGGUUCUUGCCGGCAAAUGGUCGUUUGCAGACCGAUACAGAGCCUUUAUGGAGGACAGAUUCACUGGCACUCAAGACUGGUCCAUCAACAAGGCGGUUGAUGACGCCCAGACUCAACUGAUCGCCCGACUCAAGCUGGAUUUGGCCAAUGUUCAGCUGCCUGUAACUCCACCGGCCACCGCCCCGAGCACGGUAGACCAGACCAAGCUUGACAACUUCAAUGCCAGGUUAACCAAGCUUGAGGCCGCGACUUAUGCCGUUACCAUCACCUGGGACUGGACUUAUACAGUUACAAAGCGUCAAGAUAACGGCGCCGCCUGUAACAUCGGGACGGUGUCUCAAACUCUUUCAACCUUUUCCACCUCCAUCAUUUCCCAGUCUCAGACGGACGACCCCCAGACCGAGACCAUCGUUACUACGACUAGUGCGGUACCCAUCCCUUCCACAGUGAUUGAGGAAACUACCUCUUCGGCUGCACCACCUCCUGUGACAACAACGGAAGUGGUUGACCCGACCCCUACAACGCCACUGGCUAGAGGGGGCAUUGUUUGUCACAACGAGGCCGAUUUCCCAGGGCAUGCGGACAUCAGCAGCAGUGCUCAGGAUGACUUUUCUACCGACUUUAGUGGUCUGAGCGGGCCCAACGGCGAUGAUAACCUCUUCGACGGUGCAGGAAGCGUGACAUUGAACGAUGAAGACGGCCAUGGUGUCUCGUACUCGUAUUCAGUUGAAUGGGUAUCUGGAUGUGUGACAACACAAGACACCCAGAACUUCCGAUUCCCCCUCGGCCAGGGUGGUAUCAUCACGGCGUACUUGAUUGUACGAGAGGCGUAUACGAAGUGUAACAACGGUGGUGUUGGUGGACAAGAACAAGUUGGCUGCUUGCUCUAUGACUUCACCGGUGGAAGGUAAACUCCCACCACCGCUUGGAGCAUGGAGUCCUACGAACGUCGCGAUAUAGCCCUGAAUUGGGCCGAGGCUUUGACAUGGAGAGUGAAGAAUGAGGAUGCAAGGCUCUAAGGUCGCCCUUCUCAAACCAGGUUUGAAGCGUGGGGGUGGUCAGGGAAUUCUGGAUAAAUAAACCCUAGAUCAAGAGCGUACUUAAGAUAGAAACGUGAUAUAUUCCAGGUCAAACAGUUCCUUUAUUUAUUCAUUAGUAGUCGAUGCACUUUCUUGCGCAGGCAGAGCGACGUCCUCGCCGCCAUCGAGAUCGUGACAAAUACAUUGGCCAAGUCAUCCAAGAAUUCUGCCUUGCCAAAUGCCCGGUAUAAGGGUCUCUUAGGUCAGUCCUCCCACCCUCUUAGGUUAGUCCUCC